UCCAUCUCGACACACGACCCAACCUUCAUCCCGAUCGCCAACGGUCCUUCGCAAACGAGCGUAAUCGCACGCGCGUGAAAAAAGAGAAAGACACAGAAAAAGAGAGAGAGCGAGAAAAGAGAGGGAAGCCCCCCGCGUCACUCCACGAGUCCACUUUUAUUCGUUCUUCGCACUCCGAUCAAUCGCGCCGAUCGACAGUUCGCGCGAACGGUGAGAGAGCCGAUUUGACAGAGAAAAAGAGGAGCAAAAGGAGCCAAGGAAGAGACCGCCGUGCCCGACGCCGACUCGUCUGGCAAGAGUUUCCCGAUUACGGAGGAGAGAGCAAAACAUACAUCACGAUGAUGAAGUUCAGCGUGGUAACGAUGGUGUGCUUGUUGGGGCUGGUCGCCGCCAUGCCGUUGGCUGACCACGAAGGCCACGAGUCGUCCCCGCUGGUUCCUCUCGAUGAGAAGGAGGCGGAGACUCUGAAGGCGGAAAUAGCCGCAGCGCAAAGCAGCGCGCCCGCGGAAGCGGCGCCGGCACCACUGCAGGCGGCACCAGCUGAGCAGCCCGCCGCGGUCGACGCACCCACGCUGAGGAGCAGUGAGUCCUCCGAGGAGACCCAGUCGGCCGAGCCGAAGAAGGAAGAGUCGCAGCAACCGGCACAGCCGAAAGCGGUGGCCGAAGAUGCUGCGCAGCCCAAGUCCUCCGAGGAGCCCCUCGAGGAGAAGGAGGAACCCAAGGUGUUGGCUGCCGAGCUCGAGAAAAAGGAGGAGGAGUCCCUGAAACAAGCGGCUUCCGAGGCCCAGGAAUCGGUGCAGCCCGCGCCGCAGGAGCAGCCUGCCGAGGCUCCGACCGAGAAGAAAGUGGACGUUACCCAAGUGACUUACGAGGAAGUGCUCCAGGAGGAAGCUGCCGAGGGCAAGAGCGCGGAGCCAGCGGAGGCAAUUGAGAAAUCGGCGAUCGCUAUCGAGAAGACCGACGCCCCCGCGCCCGUCACCGAGAUCGUCAAAGAGGACGCGAAGGAAGAAAAGAAGCUGGAGGAGCCGCAGCCGGCCCCGAAGAAAGAGGAAGCGGAGGUGCCGGCGGUCGCGGCCACCGUCGCCGAAGAGAAGCACGUCGAGCAGUCCGCCGAGCAACCGAAGGAGGCCGAGGGUCACUCCCCCGCUCACGCUAAGAUCGAGGACAAGCCGGAGCGCGUGACCCGCGACGCCGAGGAAACCGCAGCGCCUGUUUCCGCGCCCGCGCCAGCCACCCCCGCCGCACAAGAAGCGAGCCAACCGCAGGAAAAGUCCGCGCCGGCCGAAGCUGAGCAGACUCCCGCGGAAGUGGCCAGCAGCCCGGCGGAGGAGCCGAAGCCGGCCGAGAAGAGCGAGAAGAACGAGAAGCUGGAGACCGCUGCAGCCGAGCAGCCGGCCGUCAAGGUCGAGGAGAAGGUCAAGGCCGAGGAGAAGAUAGCCGCCGAGACGGUAGCCGAGCCCGAGAAGGUGGCGAAGAGCGCCGAGACGCCCAUCCAAACGGCGGAGGAAGCCGCGGAGGAGCCUGCACAGCCAGCUCAGCAGGAGCCAGCUAGCCAGGUCAAGCGGAACACGACGGCGGCGAAGGCCGACACGAAGGCUGAGGAACCAUUGGCCGGCCAGCAGCAGCCGGAGGCUGCCAAAGACAUGAAGGAGCGCUCCAACUCCUCCGAGGAGAACAAGUCCGAAGACAGCAAGGAGUCCAGCGAAGAGGAGAAGUCCGCCGAAGAAAAGGACACCAAGGCGAUCGAGCAGACCAAGGCGGAGUUGCUGCCGAAGCCCGAGCAGUAAAUCUCCCCGGCGCCCAGGUGGAUCGACAUGAGUAACCUCAAGCGGCAGCAACAGCAGCAGCAGCAACAACACCACCAACAUCGCGAAGAAGAGGACUGCUCCUCUUAAGAUCGGGACGAGCUCAGGCAUCGGCACUCCAGCUACCACCGGGAACACGUGCACGAGUUCGUCGCGAAACGACAGGAGCGAGAGAGAAAGAGAGGGAGAGGAAGAGCGCGUACGAGAGAGAGAGAGAGAGAGAGAGUGUGUGCGCGAGAGGAAAGAGAGAAUGUGAGAAUGUCGGGAUGCCCGAGAGAACAGGAGAGCGCGCGGCGAUGAAGAAAAAAAA